UGCAAACGCUCCUGUUUCAGGUGAUUCUGUUUGAUCCCUUCCGGUCUCCGUACAUUUCUGUGUUAUGACGUCAUCUGGUUGGACGAGAGAGAAACUCUGAACUUGCUACGAAACUUCAUGAAACUGUGUUUCUCCCUCAACUUUCAGCUGGAUUUACUCUGUGGGUUUUACACAUGGAUCAGAAAUUGAGCAUCGCUGAUAUGCGGCGUGUGAACUUCAGACUUUUCUGGAUCAGCAUGUGAGCUUGAACAAAUAAUAUCAUUAAAUCAGAGCAGAGAGGACAUGGACGAACGAGAAGAUCUGACGGAGCGCGCGUGCACGGGCUGUGGCGGGAUGAUUCAGGAUGCGUUUCAUGUGAAGGUUCUUCAAGAUGCCUGGCACAACUCAUGCUUUCAGUGUUCUGUGUGCUUUGAUCUCCUGACAAACUGGUACUUUGAGAAAGAGGGGAGGCUGUACUGUCACAAACACUACUGCGAGAAGUUUGGAGAGUUGUGCCAUGGUUGCUCGCUGCUUAUGACAGGACCUGCUAUGGUGGCAGGAGACUAUAAAUACCACCCUGAAUGCUUUGUGUGUUUGAGCUGCAGGGUAGUGAUUGAGGAUCAGGAUACCUAUGCCUUAGUGGAACGUACCAAACUUUACUGUGGUAAAUGCUACAAGCAGGUGGUCCUGACACCGAUGUUGGAGAAGCGUGGUUUGGCCGACUCUCCAACAGACCUGCUCCCUCACACAGUGACUCUGGUAUCCAUGCCUUCUGCCACCAAUGGUAAAAGGGGCUUCUCUGUCAGCGUGACUAGAGACUGCACCAGUGCCACAGCCAGUGUCCAAGUCAAAGAGGUCAGAGGGAUGCAUAUUAGUCCAGAGGUUCGGAACGCCAUCCAUGUUGGGGACCGAAUCCUGGAGAUCAAUGGACUCCCGGUGUCAGCUUUGAUGGAGGAGGAGGUGGAGGACCUCAUCCAUCGGACCAGUCAGACACUGCAGCUGUUGAUGGAAUAUGAUCCAGUAAGACAGCGUCUGGACCGACUGCGCCUGGGCACUUCCUGCAAUCAGCUUGGUGUCCCUGCAGCCUCCCGUAUGCGUCUUUCCUCCCAGGCAGAUGCUGAGAUUGAGCGGAGUGACACAGUGGACAAUAGGACGUUAAAGAGGAGGUCCCUCAGACGUAGCAACAGCACCUGCAAGUCUCCAGUCUCUUCAUCUCCUAAGGACCCUCCAGUUCUGACUCGAGAUAUUGGGCGUUCUGAAUCCCUCCGCUCUCCUUCCAGCUGGUCCCACCGUAUCUUCCGUCCCUGUGACCUCAUCCAUGGAGAAAUCCUUGGAAAAGGCUUCUUUGGACAGGCAAUCAAGGUGACCCAUAAAGCCACAGGUGAGAUUAUGGUCAUGAAGGAGCUGAUCCGCUGUGAUGAAGAGACACAGAAAACGUUCCUAAAGGAGGUAAAAGUGAUGAGAAGUCUUGAUCAUCCACACGUUUUGAAGUUCAUUGGGGUUUUAUACAAGGACAAGCGGCUUAAUCUGAUAACAGAGUUCAUUGAGGGAGGCACUCUGAAGGAUUUUAUCCGUGACACGGACUCAUUCCCAUGGGAACAGAGAGUUAGUUUUGCAAAGAGCAUUGCAUCUGGAAUGGCAUAUCUGCAUUCAAUGAGCAUCAUACAUCGAGAUCUGAACUCUCACAACUGCCUGAUCAAACUGGACAACACCGUUGUGGUGGCAGAUUUUGGUCUGUCUCGUCUAAUCAUGGAGGAAAAGGUCAAGCAGCCACCCCCCGACAAACCAACCAAUAAGAAAAGGCUGUUUAGACGCAUUGACCGUAAGAAACGCUACACUGUGGUGGGGAACCCGUACUGGAUGGCCCCAGAAAUGCUCAAUGGUAAACGCUAUGAUGAGAAGGUGGAUAUUUUCUCUUUUGGCAUUGUACUUUGUGAGAUUAUUGGUCAAGUUUAUGCAGAUCCAGAGUGUCUUCCGAGAACGCUGGAUUUUGGGCUUAAUGUGCGAAAAUUCAUAGAGAAAUUUCUUCCUGAGCACUGUCCUCCUGCUUUCUUUGCAUUGGCUGUGGCUUGUUGUGACCUCGCCCCUGACAACCGGCCUGCUUUUCAGAAGUUGGAGGACUGCUUUGAGGCAUUAACUCUGAAUCAAGAGUUGAAUAUCCCUCUGCCUGCUGAACUGGAUGAACUUCAGCAGAAGUUUUUAAGAACUUAUGGACCCAGUGAAAUUGCCUCUGAAAACCAGGAAAACAACAGGGACUAAUCCAGUGGCAGCACAGGCUGAGAUAUGGGCUGGAUCUUUUUUUUUUUCUUUCUUUUUUUUUAAAUGAGUUUACAGAACUGAAUCAAAGCGUUUACCUUGGGUUUGCAUAUUGGGAACAUGCUCAUGCUGGUGUUCCUUGGAGAGAUCUGUCUCAACACACAGAACUUUGAGGGCAUUCUAGAACUGCAAAGAGUUCUAGGCAAAGUUCUGUUGAGGGAACAGAUACAUUUCAGUGACUAUGAGCUUCUUGUUGCUUCUGUCUAAUUUGGAUGGUUUAGUUAUGAUUUAACCAUGUUGCUCAAUCCUUUACGCCUACCACUAGUUAAGUUAUCAUAGAUUUCCUUGAUCAAGUUUCCCGCAAUUGUCAGAUUAAUGAAAAUUUGAGACCACAAAAUUAACGCACAAUAAAAUUUUGGGGAGAAAUGUACUUGAUUGUCAUGAAAAUGUCACAGUAAGUAUUUUACAAAUAGGGUGAAAUGUGACUUGGACAUGUUUUCAAAUUACAGCCUAAAUAAUAUGGAAAGUUCUAUUCAAAUGACAUGAACUCUAGGAAUGUAUGUAAAUCAAGCAUUGUUGGACCACAUCGCCCCCUGCAGGUAGUUGUGCUUAUGUACACUCAAUCCCUAGAUUGUUUCUGUAUUACUAGCACUUGAGGUCCUGACAUCUGUAACUCUAUAAUCCAAAGACAGAAAGCGAUGAAACUGUUAUGAAAGGAAGUAGCACGCUUCUGAUAUGCUUUCCAAUAUGUGGUUUCUUGGAAAUGCUUCUUAUAUUGUAGUUCGUUCCUGGUACAUCAGCUAUUUAAAAACUGGAGUUGUCUGUUCCGCUGUCAUGGGCUUAACUUUUAAAUAUAUCAUGACAGGGCAAGAAUAUUUUUUUUCUCUGUAUCAAAACCUGCUCUGGAGUUGUAUUCUCCAAGUGAAAUGAUAAGUGAGAUCGUAAUGCUGGAUCUUGACCGGCCGUUUCUAAGAGUUUUGAGCUCGUUACUGAAACAGGCUAUAAUCAAAAUAUCUGCAGUCGCAGAAUUUAACAAGUGACGGUUUGUGAGGAUGUUUGAAAAUGAAUGUCAUCCUCACUUUGAUCACAAAUGUUUAAAUUAAAACUGGAUAUAUUUUUCAUCUUUGUAUAGAUUGGAUGUCGUGUUGGGAUAAUGUGGAUUUGUAGUAUGCUUAUGUUUGUAGAAUGUGAAAAGCUGUGCAAGAGCAUUUUUCUAAUCUUAUGUCAAUGGUACUGACAUGUAUAAAAUUGUAACCACUACUUGUACGCCACAGGAUUUCUUACACUAAUGUUUCAUGAAUAAAGAUGGAAUAAAGUA